AUGAGCGAUAGCGACGUACUCAUCGUCGGCGCCGGCAUCUUCGGCACCUCGACCGCCUACCACCUUUCCCUCACGCACCCAGACCCCUCCCGUAUCACCGUACUCGAUCGCGCUCCAGUUCCGUCUCCGCAGGCGGCCUCCACGGACAUCAACAAGAUCGUACGAGCCGACUAUGGCGUCCUGUUCUUCAUGCAGCUUGCCUACGAGGCGCUUGAACAAUGGACAUCUGUGCCGUGGCUGAAAGAGCAUUUCCAUCAGACCGGCUGGGUGGCCCUUGAUGAGAAAGAUAGCGAUCUGAGCACGCGAAUCCGGUCGAAUUUUAAGAUCAGUGGACAGCCUGAUACCAGCGCCGAUAUCUCCCUUGACGAGGUGAAGAAGAGUUGGGGUGGAGUGCUAUCGGGCAUCAACACCGAUGGCUUCGACAAGGCCUACACGAACUCGACUGCGGGUUGGGCUGACGCCUCGUCGUCGGUAGACGCCAUGAUGCAAGAGGCGAUGAACAAUGGCGUACAAUAUAUGGUAGGUGAAGUCAACGGCCUAGAGGCAGCCGACGGGCGCGUUUCGGUCAAGACAACGGAUGGAAGGACGCAUACAGCGAAACAAAUCGUGCUCGCAACGGGAGCGUGGACACCGUGGCUGAUGGCUGGCUUGGAGGCCUCCCUGAGCAUACCGGCAGAGCAGAGCAUAGACCGCCAGCUCCAAGCCGCCGGCGUCUGCGUCGCAGCGUUCAGACUGACAGAUGCAGAAGCGAAGCACUAUUCCCAGAUGCCCGUACUAAUCUACGGCAGUCAAGGUGAAGUCAUGCCACCCACGAAAGAGAUGCUCUUCAAGUUCACAAAUGCCAACACCUUCUACAACUCACAACAGCAUCCCUCCGGCAAGACCAUCUCCGUGCCGUCCGCCGACCAGCACUCUAUCCCUCCAGGCCUGAAGCAAGAGUCAAUCGACAUCAUCCGCUCCCGUAUCCCCGAGAUCCUCCAGGCAUACCCAGAACCUCACGAAUGGCGGCUCUGCUGGGAUGCCAUCUCACCUGACCAGCGUCAACUGAUCUGCCGGCACCCGGAUGACCGACUGUCAAAUCUCUACUUUGCCACGGCUGGCAGCUUUCAUUCCUGGAAAUUCCUGCCCGUUAUUGGAAAGUAUGUCGCCAACGUGCUCAACGGGGUGUCCAACGGCCAGGAGAAGGAUGCUGCGUGGGAGUGGAAGACGGAGUUCGCAAGCCGAGGCGCACACGAGAAGGUCAUGCCCAAGGGUGAGCUGCGGGACCGCUGA